UUUACUUGUUUUGCAAAUUGGUUCGACAAACAUAGAGAAUAAAAAAAAAGGUAGUUCUUUCAUCAGAAGAGAGAGAUAGAAUGGAAGAACAACUCAACUCUCUAGCUGUAGCUCAUCUUCUCCAACACACUCUGAGGAGUCUCUGUAUACAGGAGAAUUCCCAAUGGGUUUAUGCUGUUUUUUGGAGGAUUCUUCCUAGAAAUUAUCCACCUCCUAAGUGGGAUGACAGGUCAAGAGGGGUGAGGAAGAACUGGAUAUUGGUUUGGGAAGAUGGUUUUUGCAAUUUUGCAGCUUGUGGUGGUGAGAUGAAGGAAAGUGGGCUGCAGCCUGACAUCUUCUUCAAAAUGUCACAUGAAAUCUACAAUUAUGGUGAAGGUUUGAUUGGGAAAGUAGCGGCUGAUCACAGCCACAAGUGGAUCCAUAAAGAACCAAAUGAUCAAGAAAUCAACUUCCUAUCAGCAUGGCACAACUCAGCUGAUUCUCAUCCUAGGACUUGGGAAGCUCAGUUCCGGUCCGGUAUUAAGACUAUUGCUUUGAUUGCUGUAAGAGAAGGUGUCAUUCAAUUAGGAGCUGUCCACAAGGUUGUUGAGGACUUGAGCUAUGUAGUGCUGCUGAGAAAGAAGCUGAUCCAUAUUGAAAGCAUACCGGGGGUUUUGUUGCCACAUCCAUCGUCUUCAUCAUCUUCGUCACCAUAUGCUACUGUACCUCCAGAAAUGUGGCACUAUCAAAACCAUUUGAUGAAUCAUGCACCAAAUGAAUACUACGAUCCCCGAAUAACCCCAUCGAUGAGCAGCCUUGAAGCCCUCCUCUCGAAGCUGCCAUCCGUGGAGGCCAGGGAGGAGAAUGAGGCCGGAGACGGAGAGAGUAGCCUGCCACCGCCCUAUUACACUAAUAACCAUCAUCAUCAUCACCACAACUAAUAACACUAUUGAUGAUGUUCAAUUAAUUCUGUGUUUGGUUCCUUAAUAUUGUACUACUUGUUGCUAGGCUUCUUUAUAUCAUCUUCUUCAA